GAGGAGCCGGCGCGGGGAGGCAGAUGGCGGAGUCCGGGCCGCAGCCCCUGGGGGCCCCGAGCCGGCACGAGAAGAGCCUGGGGCUGCUCACCACCAAGUUCGUGUCGCUGCUGCAGGAGGCCAAGGACGGCGUGUUGGACCUCAAGCUGGCAGCGGAUACCUUGGCGGUGCGGCAGAAACGGCGAAUCUACGACAUCACAAAUGUUCUGGAGGGCAUUGGGCUGAUCGAGAAGAAAUCCAAGAACAGUAUCCAGUGGAAAGGUGUGGGCCCGGGCUGCAACACCCGCGAGAUAGCCCACAAACUCAUUGAGCUGAAGGCGGAGAUAGAGGACCUGGAGCAGCGCGAACAGGAGCUGGAGCAGCAGAAGAUGUGGGUCCAGCAGAGCAUUAAAAACGUCACCGAAGACGUACAGAACAGCAGGUUAGCUUAUGUGACGCACGAAGAUAUCUGCAAGUGCUUCACAGGAGACACCCUCCUAGCAAUUCGAGCCCCGUCAGGCACUCGGUUGGAGGUUCCCAUUCCGGAGGGCCUGAAUGGACAGAAGAAAUAUCAGAUCCAUCUGAAAAGCACUAGUGGUCCAAUUGAUGUCCUCCUCGUAAACAAAGAUGCUUUGAGCUCCCCCCCUGUGGUGCUCCCUGUCCCUCCCCCUGAAGACCUCAUUCAGUGCCAGCCAGUCGUGCCCGCUAAACCACAGAGAUCGCCUGUUGCCCACUUCCAGGAGGCAUCUGUCCCCAGCAGUACGCACCCGUCCACGCCCACACCGACCAGCACUCAGGACCACAGCCCGGCUGCACAGAAAACAACGAGCCCAGAAUGCAGCGUUUCGGCAGCAGAGUCCAAGAGCAGCAGCGACUUCGACCCUCUCAGCUCGGUGGCCACGCCAGCCAGCCAGCCGCCGGUGUUAGAUACGCAGCCGCUCCAGUCAUCUGCCUCGCUAGACAGCAGCUCCGUCCUGCCCAAUCCCUCUACCUCCUUUGAGCCAAUCAAGCCAGAUCCCACAGAGAUGCUGGAACUUCCCAAAGAACUCUCGGAGAUGUUUGAUCCAACACGAGAAUGUAUGAACUCCGAGCUGCUGGAAGAGCUGAUGUCGUCCGAAGUAUUUGCUCCCUUGCUCCGCCUCUCCCCUCCCCCCGGAGACCACGACUACAUCUACAACCUGGAUGAGAGCGAAGGCGUCUGCGACCUCUUCGACGUGCCUAUCCUCAACCUCUGACUCCCCGGUGCAGCGGCCGGGCUGGUGAACGGACUGUUUUGUAGCUGGCUUUGGAAAGUCUCCUUCGGAUUCCUUUUGUGCUAGUGCUGGAUGAGAGUCAGAGGGGCUCUUGGCCGGACUAGAACCAAGACAUGGACUUGCGGACUGGGAGCCUCCCCGUAGCUUCUCUCUUCCGUGUUGCACAUGCCAGGUCCUCGAGUUACCUCACCCCGCUGCAUCUGUCUCUCCACUGGAUCUUAGGCCUCUUUCGAAAGGCUCCGUGUUUGAACCUUCCCCGUACAGCUUUGACUAUGUGCCUCUCAGAGCUUCCUCCCAUCCGCAUGCCUUGGAUUUCCUGCACUUCCACAGGCACUUUGCAUCUCCUAGGCAUCAGCUGCUAGACAGCGUCUUAGUAUGAUGGCCAGUUCGCAAGCCCAGAAGUAGUUAGCUGAACCCAUCAGUGGGCAGCAGCCUCGGCCCCUCUCCGAUUAGGGUGGCCAUGCUCGGCUGUGAAAAUUGGCCCUGUGAGCUCUGGUCCUCAGUGACUCCAGCUAGUUCAUUUGACAAGUGAAAAGCAAUUGGCAACUGCUGGCUGUGCUGCUCCUGGAGCCCAGGAGCUGAGCUGAGUCCUGCAUUCCCCUCGCUCUCCGCCCCCCCCCCCCCCCCCGGCAGAGUUGGCGAUCCUGCAUCAGGCCUUGUUAGUUAAACCUCUGUGCUGAUGCAUGAAGAGGCUCCAUUCCCACUCCCUCUCCUGGAGCUGUGCUGAGGGGCCGUUUUUUCUGACGUCUGGGAAUCAGUCUGUCCUCCCCGCCUUGCGCUCGAGCCUGGGUUGGUGUGGCAGGAGGUGGAGGUGGACCCAUUCGGUAUCACUUUGCCAUGACAAGUUGGGUCUGUUUUGCUGAAGCACAGACGGCAAUGUCCUCUGAGGCAGACCAAGCAUCUGCUCCAGGGCGGGGCUUGCCUGUGUGUUAGGGGUUCUUCCCCUUGGGCCGGAUGCCUUUGCUUUCCAUUCCUGAUCUGGUGGCAGGGUGCUACCUGGUGUGAUGCUCUCUCUGCAUCUUCCCCCCUCCCGCCCAGCUUUUCCUCAUCCCUUGUUAAUGAAAGGUCUCCUGUAAUUUUUGGCGAUUUGAGGCUCUCUGUGCCUUGCAUGCCUCUGAAUGUUGGUCAUUGGAGUAGAAAGCCCCUCUGCAGGUCUCUGGCUUUGCACUGUUUGCCAGGCUCCACCUCCCCCGAUUCUGGAUUUGAGAAAAUCUGAGCUUUGCACUUUUCUUGAACAUCCGACUGCAGCAGCUCUCCUGCUUCUGCUGGCCGCAGAGCUGCUGGGGCUGGAUCUAGCAGUGCCACUGCCCUCAGCAAACUGGCUAUCCUCUAGCAGCUCUAGCCGCCCCCCCAAACGGUUGACUGCUCCCAUCAGCUGCCUGGUCUGUCUGGAGGAUCGAGCCAAGGUCUGCCCAGCGAGAGGGGAGGGGUCAGGAGAUCCGGCGGGGAAUGCUCCCUUAGAGAACAAGUAUUGGAAACCCUAGAGGAGCAGGUGGGGGCUGGGGUGCCUCUUUUUCCGGUUCCGCUGCCAGCAGUGAGCAGCUAGUACUGGAGAGAGAGAUGAAGGUCCCAGAGGGACAAUAGGCCUCCAAAUCCAGUUCCUAAACCUCGCUCCUCUUUUGCAUGGGAGCUGCUUGGAACCUGGGGGGCCAGCGUGUGCAUUAGCCUAGACUCCAUGGCCUUUGUGAGUAGCUAGAGUUCUCUGUGUACUGCCUGGCCUUGCUCUCUCCUUCAAGCUGUUGAUCUCUUGCCAUCAGUUAGAUGAUGUUUGGAAAAGAUAUUUAGUGAGAAUUUACAGUAACAAAUGAACUUGGAUUCAUAUAUAAAGAUUAUUUUUAUACCUUUUGCAGCAAAAGAAAAUUGCCUGUAAUAUUUGUACAGUGUUCUCGGAGUGAAUAAACUGAACCUUUCAGAGCC